UUUUUGCACGCAUUGUCUUGUUUAGUUUGCUCAGAAGCAGCCCUUGAGACAAGCCUUCCAGUGCGAGUACUUUGUUUGGGAGGUGAUCCCAGGACAUAUCAGCUGGAGAAUCAGGAAGAAAGGCAGGGAUGGGAGAGAGUCAGGAAAGGGUGCUUUAUCAAGCAGGUUGGCUCUGGGACACAUGGCACUCAAUUUCUCUGGAGACCUCUGGGGGAAAGCAUAGGACACACACCUCAGAGUCAUCCCACCCAAGGGGUGAGAGAGCUGGGGUGUUGAUACUCCAACUCUGAUGGUCACCAAUUGAGGGCUGCUGCCAGGGAAGUGUUAAUUCUCUGGGACUUUUGAGCUGCUUGUUUGCAUGGUGAACUCCAUCUGUCAGAGAAAGUCUCCCAGCAAAACAUGCAGGGAGUUGGAAGUGGGGUCCCUAGGCAGUGAAGUGGUAAAGGCUCGGGGAUUUGGUGGAACAUGGGGAGACUCUCCAUGUGUGUGCAGUCAGUGGACUGAGUGUGGUGUGAAUGGGGUGGGCAGAGCUAAGGUAUGUACACCGGCAUGAACACAUCUAGCUCCAGGAGAGGGGUCUUUGGUCUGAUCCUUCUCAGGACGGGUUAUAGAAUUGCAAGGCCCAAUGCAAAAUGAAAAUGCAGGGCCCCUGUUCAACAAACAAGAACUUCAAGAGCACUAAAUCAAGUGCAGUGUGGAGCCCUUCUGAGCAUGGGAUCCUGGGUGCACACACAGGCCACGUAUCCAUGAACAUGGUCCUACCCACCCUACCCUGUGCAUUCUGGUCAUCCUUGCCUUUGAACAAACUAUUCCUUCUACCUGGCAUUCCUGGUUUUUCCAGCUCAAAGAGCAUCCCUACUGCUCAGCCUCUGCUCCAGUCUAUUUUCUUCCAAGUCCUCACCUGCUAGAAAUGUCCUGCUUUAUAUUCAGCAUCUGUUUCUCUCCCUGGACUCUGAGCUUCAGAAAUGCAGGAACCAAGCUUGUUUAGCUCCCCAUGGAAGCUUGUUUAGCUUCUCCAGCACCUAACACGGAGUAGGCACUCGGGAAACACUUGUUGAAUAAACAAAAGCUCCCAUUAUGAACCUUCUGAAACUGAUGUUUUCAUCAUAUUGUACAAAUAAGGAAACCGAGGCUCGGAGAGAGGAAGUGAAUGCCUGAAAUCGCACAGCGAGAGAAGAACCAGCUGGCACUCAAACGUGCUCCUGGGCCAGGAUUCUACUGACUCUCAUGCUGACUCACAUAGUCCUUAGAAUAGCAUUUGCCUACCUCUUUUUCAAGUAAACACUUAACUGAGGUAUAACAGAGAUACAGGAAAGUGCACCAAAAUACACAACUCCAUGAAUUUUCACGACAGAACACAGCCAUGUAACCAGCACCCCACCCAAGAAAUAGAACAUGUUAAAUUGGUGUCAUGUGAAUUUCACCCCAACUUAAAACCACAACAAAAAAAAAGCACGAGCAGCCCCUAGAGGCUUCCCUCAUGCCGCACCAUGCCCCUAUGCCCCCAGUCACCAGCCCCUCCAAAGGAAACCAGUAUCCUGACUUGUUGCACAUAGUUUUGCCUGAUUUGGAACUUUAUAUACAUGGAGCCACACAGUUUUUACUCUUCAUUGUUUGUGGCUUUUUGCUCAGCAUUGUUUGUGAUCCAUCUGAGUUCAUCCAGCAAUUUGUUCAUUCUCACUGCUGCAGGGUAUUCUGCUAUGGAAGGGGACCACAACAUAUCCAUUCUAUGGUAGAUGGACAUGUGGGCUGUCCCAGUUUGAGGCUAUUACACAUAGCACUAGUGGGCAUGUCUAUUGUUCCACUGCUGGGUCGGAGGGUACACACGGUCAAUGUCAGUACAUCAUGCCAAAUGGCUCUUUAACUUGGGUGCAUAGGUCUACACUCUGACCAGUGAUGGACAGGAAUUCCAGGUGCUCUGUAUUCUCACCAGCAUUUGGUCAGCAUGUGCUAUUUUGCAGAGAAGACAACUGAGGCCCAGAGAGGGGUAUGUGCUGCCUCCAGCUCAGCAAGAGAGUCUGAGCCCUGCUCUGCUGCCUCCUCUCCUCCAGCAUCCUGCCCCCACUGUGCCCUCCCAGCUUGGCUGUGGGGUGGGGUAGGACAGACAGUGUCACGUGGAGUUGCAUUCAGUGGGAGGAAGCCAGGCAGGGUGCAGACGGCUGCUGAUUCUGGGGCUGGUCAGGAAAUCAAGGAAAACCCCCACGAUGGACUCACCAUCACCGAGCCGGGUCUCCCAAGCCCAGCCAGCAGUCCCCUCCCCACUGACCUCCUACCACUGGCACACAGGGGGUGGUGGAGAGAAGGGGGCUGGAGGGUUCCACUGGGGAUGCCUUGCAGGCUGGGGGAGGACGCUGAGCCACCAGGAGCCCAUGGUCAGCAGCCAGCCAGCCCCUCGCUCGCUGUUUCGCCGUGUCCUCUCUGCGCCCCCCAAGGAAUCACGCACGAGCCGCCUCCGGCUAUCCAAGACCCUCUGGGGGAAGCAUAAGAGCCCACCACUGGAGCCGGAGCCAGAGCCAGAGGCCGCAGAGCCAGAGCCAGAGCCAGAGGCACCUGCCCCACACAUCCCUGAGGCCCCUACACCCGAUGUGCCUGUCUGGAACAUUGGGGCCUUCACCCUGCUGGAUGGGAGGCUGGUGCUGCUUGGGGGUGAGGAGGAGGGUCCCCGCCGGCCCCGGGUGGGGAGCGCUAGCUCAGACGGCAGCAUCCAGGUGGCCAUGGGGAGCCUCAGGGAUCCAGAUCGGAUCCCUGGAAAGACCGAGCCAGAGGCUGCUGGCCCCAACCAGGUCCACAAUGUUCGGGGGUUGCUCAAGCGGCUGAAAGAGAAGAAAAAGGCCAGGUCGGAGAUGGGAGCCAGUGCCUCCCGAGACGGACCUCCCAGUGUUCUGGGCUCUCAGGAAUCGCUGGCCACACUUUCCGAGCUGGACCUCGGCGCUGAGCGGGACGUGCGCAUCUGGCCACUGCACCCCAGCCUCCUGGAGGAGCCGCACUGCUUCCAGGUAACGUGGGCGGGCGGGAGCCGCUGCUUCUCUUGUCGCUCGGCCUCUGAGAGGGACCGCUGGAUAGAAGACCUCCGGCGCCACUUCCAGCCCAGCCAGGACAACGUGGAGCGGGAAGAGACGUGGCUGAGCGUGUGGGUGCAUGAGGCAAAGGGGAUGCCCCGGACGGCUGCAGGAGCGCCGGGUGUGCGCACCGAGCUGUGGCUGGACGGCGCGCUGCUGGCGCGCACUGCUCCGAGGACUGGGCCUGGCCAGCUCUUCUGGGCCGAGCGCUUCCACUUCGAGGCGCUGCCACGGGCGCGUCGCCUGUCGCUGAGGCUGCGCGGAGCGGCCCCGGGGGCAUCGGCACUGGGCCGCGUGGCGCUGGCCCUAGAAGAGGUGGGCGUCCCUCGCUCGCCCGCCGCGGGUUUGGAGCGCUGGUUCCCUCUGCUCGGGGCGCCAGCGGGCGCGGCGCUGCGGGCGCGCAUCCGGGCGCGGCGCCUGCGCGUGCUGCCGUCCGAACGCUACAAGGAGCUGGCGGAGUUCCUCACCUUCCACUACGCGCGCCUCUGCGGGGCACUUGAGCCAGUGCUGCCCGCUCAGGCCAAGGAGGAGCUGGCGGCUGCCAUGGUGCGCGUGCUUCGGGCCACAGGCCGGGCGCAGGCGCUGGUGACAGACCUGGGCACCGGGGAGCUGUCACGAAGUGGAGGCCGUGAGGCGCUGCUGUUCCGGGAAAACACAUUAGCCACCAAGGCCAUCGAUGAGUAUAUGAAGCUGGUGGCACAGGAUUACCUCCAACAGACCCUGGGGCAGGUGGUGCGGCGUCUCUGUGCCUCCACGGAGGACUGUGAGGUGGACCCCAGCAAGUGCCCUGCCCCGGAGCUGCCCCAGCACCAGACCAGACUGCGAAGCACUUGUGAGGAGGUCUUCGAGAACAUCAUCCAGUCCUACAACUGGUUCCCAGCGGAGCUGGGCACCGUGUUCUCAGGCUGGCGAGAAGCAUGCAAGGCACGUGGCUCUGAGGCCUUGGGCCCCCGACUGGUGUGUGCCUCUCUCUUCCUGCGGCUCCUGUGUCCUGCCAUCCUGGCACCCAGCCUCUUUGGCCUGUCACCAGAACACCCAGCACCCGGCCCAGCGCGCACCCUCACACUGAUCGCCAAGGUCAUCCAGAACCUUGCCAACCAUGCCCCGUUUGGUGAGAAGGAGGCAUACAUGGGCUUCAUGAAUGGCUUCCUGGAGGACCAUGGACCAGCCAUGCAACGUUUCCUGGACCAGGUGGCCAUGGUGGAUGUGGAUGCGGCACCCAGUGGCUACCAGGGCAGCAGCGACCUAGCCCUCCAGCUGGCAGUCCUUCAUGCCCAGCUCUGUACCAUCUUUGCUGAACUUGACCAGGCGACCUGUGACAACCUGGAACCACUGCCCACCAUCCUGCGAGCCAUUGAGGAGGGCCGGCCUGUACCUGUGUCUGUGCCAAUGCGUCUCCCAUCGCACCCAGCCCAGCUCCACCCCAGUUUCUCUGCAGGGGAGAAACCAGGCUUCCUGGCUCCCCGGGACCUCCCCAAGCACACCCCUCUCAUCUCCAAGAGCCAGUCCUUGCGCAGCGUUCACGGUGCAGGCGGUUGGGUGCGGCUGCGGCCAGACGAAGAGCAGCCCCCGCGGUUGACCCGGCCGGUGCAGCGCACGCAGAGCGUCCCCGCUGGCCGCUCUGCCCGUCGCCGCCCCUCUGCAGGGCCCCGGCCGAGACCCAAAGGAUCCUUACGCACUGCUCCCGCGCCCCACGGCCGGCCCUGGACCGGUGCCUCGGCCUCGCUGCCUCGAAAGCCGUCGGUGCCCUGGCAGCGCCAGCAGGAUCAGCCGCGGGGCAGAGAGCAGGCGCUGGGCACGCACCGACCCGUGGGCAAGCUGGCCGAGCUGCAGUGCGAGGUGUCCGCCCUGCGCGAGGAACAGAAGGCUCUGUCCCGCCUUGUGGAGGCGCUGGGCACCCACAUCCAGGCCUUGACCGAGCAGCAGGAGCAGCUUCGCGGCCAGCUGCAAGACCUCGACUCCAGGCUCCGGGAAGGAACCUCGAAGUUGGAUCCAGGGCGUGUCGCUCCAAGAAGUGAGAACCACAGGCUGAGAAACCUGGAGCACCGCCUGGCUGAGAUGGAGAGUACUCAGGCGCAGCUGAGAGAAGCCGUCCAGAGCCUGCAACUUCUUCCAAGGACGUCUGAGUCCCGGAGCCAGCCCCUGCCUCUCAAAGCACCCUGUGUCAACGGAGACACCACCUGAGCCGCCCACCCCGUCCCUCGUGGUCUGGGAGAAGAGAGAUCGCCGUCUCAGGGGCCUGCCGACCCCUGCCCUACGUGGCCUACGGUGGGGAGUGGAGCUAUAGGUACCGACCGGCCUGGCACUAUGAGGUUGCCCAGUAAAAUCUUGAUUUCAAGAAAAUCUAUGGGUUUUUUUUGCCCCAAAGUGUUGCCAACCAGAAAGCACCACCUACCCCUCUUCAGUUCUCCCAAAUUCUCCCCUAACUGGAGGUCUCAUGAAAAGGGCAAUGUAAGGAGGAGGCUGUCACCAGCUGUGUGACCUCAGGCCUUCAGUGUCUCAGAACCUUAAUGUCCUCAUCUGUAAAAUGGAGCUAAAAUUCCUUACACAGUAGAAGACCCAUAGUUUAAUAAAAGAUAUUUACUGUUAGGAGCAGCACCUGCUUCUCAACGAAGGCCAGAUCCCACCCCCACCAACCCCUCUAGGCCUCAGAUGAGAGCAUCUUCCUAGGCUCCCAAAUCCCACACUAGCUCCCCUCGUGGCAGGGAAAGCACGGGUCUGGGAGGCUGAAGACAGAAAGGGCCAGUAGGUGUGGAACUGGUUGAGCUCUGAGAGGGCAUUUGAAUCAUGGUGGGUGGGUGGGUGAGGGGUAGGAAGAAAGAGACAAUAGGCGGAUGAACAGGUUAGCCUCUCCUGGGUGUUUGCCAGAGUAGGCGAGUAGACUGUUAGCUGGGAUGGAUACAUCUGCCAAGAAAAGGCCUGGAUCAUAGUAGGAAAUAAAUAUUUCAUUAACUGA